UUUUACUUUUAAGGCUACCUUGUGGAGUUUAGGCUUCUUUUAACAAAAAAAAAAAAUGAGGAUCAUUAGCAAUGCUUCCUCAUUGAUUAUUUUGUUUCUCUUCAUAUCAGCAGCAUCGGUGCAGAUUCAUGGGCAGGGUGUUCCAGAACGUAGGACUUGCUUUUCACGUAGGAGUCCUUGCUUUCUCAAGACGAUGACAUGCCCGUCUCAAUGCCCAUCGACGAAGCCGUCGGAUCGGAAGGCAAAAGUUUGCUAUGUUAAUUGCGAUUCCCCUAUAUGCAAAGCUGAAUGCAAAAAUAGGAAGCCGAACUGCAAUGCCCCUGGAGCAGCAUGCUUGGAUCCUAGAUUCAUCGGCGGUGAUGGCAUCGUGUUUUAUUUCCACGGGAAGAGCAAUGAGCAUUUCAGUUUGGUAUCGGAUCCUAACCUCCAAAUUAAUGGCAGGUUCAUUGGCCUAAGGCCAGCAGGCCGAACCCGGGAUUAUACUUGGAUUCAAGCAAUUGGUGUCCUCUCUGGAUCCGAAACCUUUUCUCUUGAGGCCAAACGUGCAGCAACUUGGGAUGAGGAAUUUGACCAUCUGAGGUUCUCUUACAAUGGGAACGUAAUUGUCGUACCGGAAGGCCAUUUAUCAUCAUGGAAAUCCCCGGAAAGUGACCUUACAGUGGAGAGAACAUCUGACAAGAAUAGUGUCUUAGUGACUUUUCCUGAUAUUGCUGAGAUUUCAGUAAAUGUGGUACCGGUGACCAGGGAAGAUGAUCCUAUUCAUAACUACCAAAUACCCUCUGACGACUGUUUUGCUCACUUAGAGCUGCAAUUCAAGUUCUACGGUUUAUCUUCGAAAGUUGAAGGAGUACUUGGUAGGACUUAUCAGCCGGAUUUCAUGAACCCUGCAAAACCAGGCACGGCAAUGCCAAUAGUUGGAGGAGAAGACAAAUAUCGAACGUCAUCACUUCUCACUGCCGAUUGUUAUACCUGUAAAUUUUCUCCAGCCAGAGCAUCGGACCAAAGAGAUUCAUCGCUGAUGGACUACAGCCCUCUAGACUGCACCAGCAGAGCCUCUAGUGGGAGUGGAAUAGUUUGUAGGAGAUAAAUCAUGCAUUUUUUAGAAUGACAGGUUGGAUUGCAGUUUAAGGAUAUGUUGAUUUUGUGUUUGUCUGAAUAUGAUAAAAAUCCAGUGUCGAAUGUUCUGUAGUAAAUCUAAUUUGGCAGUUCAUCAAAUAAAAUAAAUAUGCAAUAAAA